AUGGCUGCCAUGGUUGCCGCGCGUGUCCUGUCUUCAGUUUUGCAAUCGCUCCUUCUGGGAGCAAAAAACGUUGGCUAUGAGCUGGAUGGGGCCACAGAGGAGUGGAUGAAGCAGCGUGAGGAGAUGCUGAGCCAGGAGAUGGCUCGGCUGCUGGAGGAGGUGGAGGAACUGGAGCAGAUGAGGCAGGAGCAGGGCUGUGUUGCCUGGAGAGCGAUGCUCUCAGCUGCCUUGCAGCAGUGGCAGUUCUGGGCCAUUGCCGGCAUAUUUCUCCUGCUCUCGGUGCUGUGCUGGCGGCUCAGGAGAUGGAGCCAUGCAGCAGCCAGCAGCAGCAAAGAGAUCUUCAGGAGCUACGUAGAGUUGGAUGGAGGUGAAGAGGAGCAGGAACGUGAGCAAGAGGAGCUGCAGGAGGAAGUACGUGAUGAGGAAGAUUCUAAAGAAUUGAAGGAUCUGGACAGGAUCUUUGCUGAGAGCUUAGAGUGGCCAGGGCAGGAGCUCGCCUACGGGUGCCAGGAGGUGAAGGAGCUGGUGGGGGAAGUCAUCCAGGUCUACCAAGAGCUGUCCUCUGGUACUUUCUUCCCGGUGAUGCAGCCACCCAUUGGAGUAGGCAGCACCUACGAAGGUUGGAGUCCUCAUGGCAAUGAUGCUGUCUACCGCCUGCUGGUGCCACUCAAGCCCGGUCUUGGGCAUGCCUUCUACAUGAAGGAGAAAAUCCUGGAGGAGAGGCCAAAGCAAACCUUCUGGAUCCGAGUGCGACGAAAGUGCACCUGUGCAACAGAAGAGCCAGUGCCCUGCUUCUUCCACCACCCUCAGGAGAGGCAGAGGAGACAGGGCCGUUCCCACGAGCUGGGCAUCCUCUGCACUGACUCCUACCUAGAUGUGCACAAAACUGUCAGCUGGUUCCAGAACUUUGUGAUGUCAGUCUGGGGCGUGAGGCCUAAGAUGCGUUCCUACCAUCUAAAGCUGCUGCCCUCCACGCGCUCUUGCAAGCUGCAGCUGACAGAUGGCCUCGGGAGAGCCUUUGUCAUUGAGAUCUUAUUUGGGCUGCAGCGAGCUGACUCGGACAUCUUCCUGUGCAGCCGCAGCAGAGAGGCCACCUGGACCACAAGCUUGACAUGGUCAGGGAGCUGUGCUGUGGCAGAGGUGAAGUUCUUCCAGCAUAUCGCCAGGCAGGUGCCACAGGGCAGCUGCCACCUCAAAUGCCUGCAGGUGUGCACCCAAAUCCUGGCGGGCACAGGCUUUUCUCCCUCCACUCUGAAGGUGGUUGUGAUGCACCUCCUGAGCAGCACACCCGUGUCAGGCUGGUGCAGGAGGGAUUUUGUGCUGCGGCUCAAGGACAUCAUGCAGUACCUGCGCUGCUGCCUGGAAAACAAACACCUCAGCCACUUCUUCAUUGGCAGUGAGAGCAUGCCCGAGGAGAUAAGCCUGCCCCCAGCCUAUGAAAUGGCUGAGCCACUCAACCUCUUCCAAGGCCUCGCCCAGGAUCCAGCCGCCCACACCAAGGCCAUGCAUGAGUUUGAGGAGAGCUAUGACAAGCUCAAAAGGCUGCUGUGUUAUCCACAAGGAAAGGUCUUGAAGCCCAGAGCUGCUUGUGGAGCUGAUGGCAGACCAGCCCCUGGCACAUGA